AUGUCCACCCUCAAUGAGCAACUUGCGACUCUAGUGGAGAAGUACACAGCCUGCGAUAUAUCAGAUGCCCUCCUCAAACUACAAAAAGUGCCAGAGGGCGGUACGGCACGAGCAGGCUAUUUGGCUGAUCUGGCCCCCUUCUCCCCGAUAAUCGGCAGAAAUGAAACAACGAAGAAGAUCGCCGCGCCAGCUACAACUUUCAAGUUCCUUUCAAAGGGAGCCACACCACCGACUAUCGCAACGGAAAACCCCGAAAAGCACGGCUUCCCGCCGGGUAAGCACUGGGUCGACUAUGCGGGCGACUUUGCCGCGGCUGACCCGGCGAAUGCGGGAUCUAUCAUCGUUAUUGAACAACCUGGCGAUCAAUACUGUGCUGUAACUGGAGGUAUAAUGGCGACGAGGAUGAAAGUGUUGGGCCUUAAGGGUGCUGUUGUUGGGGGUAGAAUUCGGGAUUUGAGAGAGCUUCAAGCGACUGGGUUGCCGAUCUGGGCACGGUCUACAUCGACUGUGGGAACUGGUGCUGAAGCUAAGGCUGUGGCGCGUGAUGUGCCUAUUUCUAUUGGAGGGUUGACUGUAUCUCCGGGUGACAUUGUCUUCUGUGAUCCAUUCGAGGGAGUGGUCGUCAUUCCUCGCGACUUGCUUGACCCAGUCAUGGAGCUGAUGCCAAAGUUGAUAUCAAUGGACGAAAAGGCUAUCGAAGCUGUAGCGCAGGGUAUGACUGUUACACAGGCCUUUAGGGAUUUUCGCGCUUAA